CCCGACUUCGAACUUUCUUAUACUGAUAUAUACAUAUAUCGGUUUACUAGGGUUGUAUCAUCCCACUAUGUACCUAGUAAAUGGUACUAAACUGAAUUUCCACGCGGCCAUAUGGUGCCUUGCAUACAACGCGGGGCAAAUUAAGCUGAAGCUCCUUACGUAGACCUGAACUCCCCACGUUAACAUUUUACACCAGGCAACGAGUUUACGAAGCCGUGUGAGUGUCCCUAUAUAGUCCAGCAAUCAAGAUACCCUUUAGGACCGACUUAGCGAAUCACCGCGAACACCGCAAACAAUUUGCCCAUCAUGGCGGCCAACAAUCCCUACGAAGUCGAGCACAACAUUAAGGCGCCAGCGCGUCCUCCCCACAGGAGACGACCCGACAUGUCGAGCUUCACAUCCCAACUACACCAAAUCUCCCGCGAUUCCCCAGAUUCCAAUACACACUCGCACGUGGGUCCGACGCCCGUCGAUGCCGCGGGGCUGUACCACCUCGUGCACGACCAAUUCGCAACACUAUUCCAGGACUCGCCGUCGGCCGAGAACCAGACCUUCCUCACGAGUUUGAUGUCGGAGCUACAGAGCGAUAUCGAGGCACCUCCGGGCCAGAUCCCGGGGGUUCGCCAGGAAUACCUCGAUAGCCUGGACCGGGUGCCGAAGAAGCAGCUCAAGAAAGACGACACCUGCCCUAUUUGUGCCGAGGAUUACUUGGAUGACCCGUACCCGCUGGUUGUCGAGCUGCCGUGUGAAGGGCACCAUAAAUUUGAUCUGGAGUGCGUGGGUCCGUGGUUGCAGAGUAAAGGAACCUGUCCUAUGUGUAGGAAAGACUUGACGAAGAAGAAGGUUAUUGAGAUUCCCAAGGAUGACGAGGAAGAGGAGGAUGAUGUUAAUGGGUUGUAUGGUUGAGGCUCGCUAGUGGAAAUUCUACGGAGAGCUAGCUGGAGCGAUGCGUUGGAAGACACGAUCGGAUUUGGCUGCAUUGUAGAGCUUGUGUGAUACAUCGAUGGUAAACGAUUGAUGAAACGCCUAAACUCUUGUGUUGGAUGCGGAUAUGUAUAGCUUUAGGGAAAGCUGAGCUCAACAUCCAUAUUUAGGACACUUUACUGUUCUUGGGCGCACCACCACCUCCACUAGCUUUCUUCUUCCGUCCACCAUGCGACUUAUCCUCUUCUUUGCCCUUACCUGCCUCGGCGAAGCUCUUGUUUGCGGGACUCUGUUCUAAGGGGUUGCCAUUACUUUCUUCCGCAGCGGCAUUCUUCUCGGUCUCGGGGUCUGUCUUAUUCGGGUUGAAGGCGGCGUCCUGCUUUGUGGCAACCUCCUCGUCUGUCCCGCUCUGUGUGUACUCAUGUGAUUUGGGCUUGAAAGAUUCGCGAUCCAUGUCAUCUUUGUAGGGGGCGCGCAAUGCUGAGGAUGGGUGAAUCUGCCUAAUAGCAGCGAGACGACCGGGGGUCGACGGUAGGUGAGUAGACCGAGCUCGUAGAGCUGUGCGCAAAGUCGUAUAGCCCGACAUAGUCAGCGUGAAUCUUUGAAUUGACAAUAAUUAUAACUUGUAUGUAGGUUAGAGGAGGUUUGUAAUUGAGAG